AUGGUACCAAAUAUCCCCUAUUCUCAACAUAAACAUCGCCGAUGGGAAUUGCUUCAACAUAUGGAAAAUUAUAUCCAACAAGAACCGGCCGAUCCCAAUCACUUGAUUGUCACAGCCAUGGUCGAUCCAUACACGAAUCGGGGUCAUGUCUUGGCAAUGAGCGACACAAGUUACUCCCGGAAGCGGCAAUUCACACCACGCGUCAACAUGCGAUCCGCGAUUCGGCAACAACAGUUAAGCCUGGCCAAUCGGUUCGAUUCGACCGUGCUGGGCCCGGGGUCGACGAACUCGAAUGAUGCCACGGUUCCGAUACCAGUGACGAAGAAAACUCGGGUGAAACGGGGUCAACAUCGAAAUCAUCACAAACCGAAUGAACGACCUUUAAAAUUGGACUUCGCGGCGGAUGAGCCCCUGGUAUCUGUGCCACAGAGCCCAAAUGAGAAAGCACAAAACAGCAUAACACCCGAAGUGAGUGCACUGAUUUUGGAACCGCGACCGAUGGUCAAAAAAAGUCAUUACCAUUACUAUGAAAAACGAUGGAGUUAUCCAGAAAAGAUAAGACAUAAACGUGAUGCACUUCAGUCGUACAUGCGAGAGGUGAACAAGAAAUCGGAUCCGAACGAACUGCUUCAAGAGAUGUAUCUAUCCUUGUCGGAAGAAAGUGACGAAGAACCUGUGAUAAUUGAUGACACAUAUUCGGUUCCGUUUCCGCGGGAGAUGCAAACAACGAAGCCACCGGAGGGUAAUCUGUUUUGUGAUCCACAAGGCAAAUUGUUCACAGGAAAAGUCACGGUUCAGAUGGAGCCAAUUGAUUCCCAAACAUCCGCUGAGACAGCAGGUGAAUGUUCGUCUCGUGCUGUGUCAGAUCACGUGCUACGGAUCAAUAAACCGACUGUGCUUACGGUCGAUUUAUCAGCUCUGACCAGUGCAGCACUGCACUCCGAGUCCGACCGAGUUGAUUCGGACAAUCUAAACAGCUAUAAAAAUGUGGCCUAUUUGAUCAUACGCGAAAGUGCAACUCAGCCGCAGUCCACUACGCCGUCCAAUCUGCGCGCAUACAGUGUGCAGCUUCGAGUAGCACUCACACGUGAGGGAAGACGACUGACCAGGAAUAAGUCUCGUGAUCCGAUCCGUCAGCCGGACGAGCAAACUCUGACGGUGGAUGCUCUAAUCCAACAAGCUGUGCAGGCUUUGAAAGUGAUUCCCGCGGCCGCGUAUGACUGGGAAUCCUGUCAGCCGUACGAACUCUAUGAAAUAAAAGACCCACAAACUGGGUUGGUCGCUCCACCCACGGUAGACGAGGAGGAUUCCUUAUCAAGCGUGAUAAGCGUUCCCACGGAAGAUGAGGACGAACUGGAAUCGUCAUUUGUCAUCAUAGAUCCUGCAAGUCUGGAAGAGUCGACUAAAUGUGUUUUGUGCGAGAAUCCUUUGGCCGAGGAUCCUAUCGAGCUGUGUGUGAACCAGCAUUUGGCCUGUUACAAUUCUCCUGUGUGGAAAUGUGCCGACUUUUUGCGAUUGUAUGCGAUCGGGUCGAACUAUCCAGCAUUUUACGCCAACACCCGUUACUGUCCCGAUGUGGUGGUUGCUGUGACCCGAUCCACAGAUAAGCGUCCAUUACCGAUAUCCGUACGUCCAAUGGAAGUGCUGUUUGAUGAAUCGUCCCAACGUCGUGCCACGGUCAUCCCAAAGAUCUAUUUCAAAUCCGACCUGAAGGAUCAAAUCCACUCGCCUGCAUCGUGCGAGAUAGUCCGAAAAUAUCGCAUUUUGCAACAUUCGCUUGGAGAUUCUCUGUCCACGUCCGCGUCAGCGAAACCCGCAUCCGAGGGUAUCAAUCCCGUCAACUUGCCCAAACCAGAUGAUGUACGUUCAGACGCCUAUUGCAAUGCUCUUAGCGCAGCCUGGCGCCGGAACUGUACUCGCAAACUAUUCCGAUCGCGACGCUCGAAUUCGUCGGCUGUCGUGUGGAAAGAUGAGCUUCAUGGCACUAUCAUUCCCCCGGAGAAAGCGGAGCGGUGGAUGAGAACGCUGAAUGAGAUCCAAUCCACUGUGGAAUACUCGUUCGUCAUGGCCCAUUUCGAACCGGAGCAGCCGGCAUAUCUGGAUAUGGCCUCGGAGCUGAUGCAAAAAGAGCUGUACCUGGGUGAAGCACUGAAAAUCUAUCCCAUCUCGGACAAUCGGACCGGGGAGAAGUGCAUCUCUACUCCCUUGGUUGAACAAAUGGUAACCAAAGCGCAACAUUUGGACAGUCGGUUCUUUCGAGAACAAAAAUAA